CAAGAGUUAAGGACGGUUAUACGGUCUAAUGCCUUCCACGAAUCCUACGCGGCUUCGCUCUGUUUACGACACGAAGCUUCUAUAUCUCGAUUCCCACCCAACACGGUUCCCUUUCGUUUGCUUCGACCCAAAGCCUCGUCGUCGUCGACUCUAAAAAGCCCAAAUUCACCCAUUCCUUCUCUACUGUAAUCUGUAAAUCAACAACCCAACCAGACACAAAAUGGAUUCUCAAAACCCUGGCAACAAGAAUAGCUCUUUCUAUCCCCAAGUCAUCGAAUCAAACCCAGAAACUGCAUCUCCCUUCGUUUCUAACCCCAAAUCUUCUUCUUCUUCUUCUUCUUCUUCUAUGUAUCCUGUGAUCGAUUCGUCCGACCGGUUGAAGGACUCGAAGCCCUCUUCCUCUUCUUCCCUCUAUCCCUCCAUCGACAUGAACGAUCUCGUCGACAAUCUAUUCCCGGACAAGGACGAUGUCGCCCAUUCUCAUACUGCGUCUGCUCCCAUCCAAUCUUUCGAAGAGGUGCUCAUCAAGAUUUCCGGUGCCAUUGUACAUCUCAUCGACAGGCAAUACAGUGUUGAGCUCGCUUGCGGUGACCUGACAAUCGUUCGCCUCCGGCAGGGGGAAAGCGUCGUCGCCGUUCUUGUUCGUGUCGACAACGACAUCCAAUGGCCUCUUGCCAAGGACGAGGCUGUCGUCAGGCUCGAUGAAUCCCACUACUUCUUCACUCUCCGCCUUCCCGCGGAUGAAGGGUGUGACUCCGGCCAUGGAGAAACCAAAGCCGGCGAUGGUUCGGAGAAUUUGAUAAACUACGGUCUGACUUUCGCAUCCAAGGGGCAGGAGAACUUACUCAAGGAGCUGGACGGGAUUUUGGAACACUAUAGUAAUUUCUCUGUGCAGAAGGUCUCAGGGAAGGGGAAGUCAGAAGUCUUGGACGGUUCGGUAGCGGAGGGCAUCUCUCCGUCCGAGUUAAAAUCGGAGGAGAAGAAGGAGAUGAUGGAGGAAAGAUCCGCGGCUUAUUGGACUACAUUGGCUCCAAAUGUGGAGGAUUACAGUGGAUCGGUUGCGAGGGCCAUUGCAGUUGGGUCGGGGCAGUUGAUAUGGGGAAUUCUGUGGUGCGGUGAUGUUACGGUCGAUAGGUUGAAAUGGGGAAAUGAGUUCUUAAAGAAGAGGAUGGAACCCGGUUCCAAUGCAGAGAUUAGUCCCGAAGCUAUGAAGAGAAUACAAAGAGUUAAACGUCUAUCAAAGAUGUCUGAGAAAGUAGCAAGUGGUGUCCUUUCUGGGGUGGUGAAGGUUUCUGGGUUCUUUACAAGUUCAAUCGCAAAUUCAAAAGUGGGGAAGAAAUUUUUCGGGCUCUUGCCAGGGGAAAUUGUUCUUGCCUCCCUUGACGGAUUUAGUAAGGUCUGUGAUGCUGUUGAGGUAGCUGGAAAGAAUGUAAUGUCGACGUCAUCUGUUGUUACAACUGACCUUGUUUCACAUAGGUAUGGAGAAAAAGCAGCAGAGGCAACAAAUGAGGGACUUGGUGCAGCAGGACAUGCUAUUGGGACAGCCUGGGCGGUGUUCAAGAUACGCAAGGCACUCAACCCAAAGAAUGUCAUCAAACCAUCCACCCUCGCUAAAGCCGCAGCUGCCGACGUGAAGGCUAAAAAUUCAAAUUAGCAGGUACAUGGGACUUCUUGUUUGGUUGUGGCUGGUGGUGUAUAUAUUAGAAUGGAACACUGUUUUAUUAGUGUGGUUGUUGUUUGUAAGGUGUGCUCUACCUUCAUUUCAGUGAUUUUUCUCUGUUAUUUAUUUUGCCCUUAAACUGUGAUUUUGUUUUCUUAUUUCUUCUGUCCCGGCAAACUAUUAUCAAUAUCAAUGACGAGUGGUAGGAAGUCUUUUCCAUUUUUCA